ACGUCAUAAGCCUGCGCGCGCGCUCCCGCGUCUGUUGUGAUUCGGCUCAAGAGAGAGAAACUCCUGCUGAAGCGACUGAGAACCUCGUCACACACUUAUAAAGAUGGCGUUUAUUAAAGAGGAGACUGAAGACUUCAGGAUUGAAGAAGUGUUCAGUCUGAAACAAGAAGACACUGAGGAACAAACAGACCUGCUGGUGCUGAAAGAGGAGAAUCAAGAUCCGAAUGAAAUGGAACAGACAGAUCAGUAUGAGAAACACCAUGAUUUCAUAACUGGUGAAAAUGCCACACAGUCUAAAACGGCUUCUAUACGAAAAAGAGCUCAGAAAACCAAAUCUAACCGCUCUUUCACCUGCCAUCAUUGUGGAAGGAGUUUCGAUGAAAAACGAAGACUUCAAAUGCACGUGAGAGUUCACACUGGAGAGAGACCAUUCUCCUGCCAACAGUGUGGAAAGAGCUUUGCUCACCAAGGAGCCUUUAAAAGGCACAUGAGAACUCACUCGGGAGAGAAGCCUUACACCUGCCAACAGUGUGGAAACCGUUUCACUCAAAAAGGAUCUCUUAACAAUCACAUGAGAACUCACUCGGGAGAGAAGCCAUUCACCUGCCAGCAGUGUGGAAAGAGUUUCGCUCAAAAACCACACCUUCAAAUACACAUGAGAACUCACUCGGGAGAGAAGCCUUACACUUGCCGUCAGUGUGGAAAGAGUUUUACACAGAAAAGCAGCCUUCAUUCCCACAUGAGCAUUCACACUAGAGCGAAACCUUAUACAUGCAAACAGUGUGGAAAGAGUUUCCCUGCAAAACAAAACCUUAAAAUCCACAUGAGAGUUCACACUCAAGAAAAGCCUUACACUUGCAAGUAUUGUGGGGAGAGUUUCACACAUGCAUGCACCCGUAAUUACCACAUGAGAAUCCACACUGGACAGAAUGUGUUCAAAUGUGAUCGUUGCGGAAAGAGCCUCGCAACAGAAUUUAGCCUCAAGUGUCACAAGAUGAUUCACACUGGAAAGAAACCCUUCAAAUGUGAUCAGUGUGGAAAGCGUUUCAUAUGUAAGGUAAGACUUAAUUACCACAUGAAGACUCAUUCAGCAGAGAAAUGCUGUAAAUGUGCUCAGUGUGGAAAGCGUUUCAUAUGUAUGGUAAGACUUAAUUACCACAUGAAGACUCGUUCGGCAGAGGAAUGCUGUAAAUGUGCUCAGUGUGGAAAGAGUUUCAGUCAUAAAUGUAGCCUCAAUAUUCACAUUAAAAAACAACACACUCGAGAGAAGCCUGUGGGAAGAGCUUCUCACAAAUAGAAAAUCUUAAGAUUAUCAUGAAAUAUGCGUGGAAUCAUGUGAAGAAACCCACAUGAGAUUUCAUUCAGGGGAGAACUAUUUUGUACGAAGUGUUUCUCAGUCAAAUGAAACCUGAAGACUCACACUGGAGAGAGACCUUUCACGUGUUUCUGUGUGUUCCUGAAACAUCAUUCAAGAAAAUUCUGGAAAUAAAGUGUGACAAGAAGCAAAUUUUAAAAAUCACCAGCAUAUUCACUCUGGACGAAGGCCCAUUAACUGUGAUCAAUGUAAUGCAUUUCUUUUGACAUUAAACCUGAUAGGCCUGAGAAGUGGCCCUGCAAUUUAAAAUGGCACCAAAAAAUAGGUAUCUCUUUGAAAUUAAGACUGCGCUCACACCACAGCU